AUGUCAGCACAAAGAUCACAAAGUAAAAAGAAAACAACAACAACAACAACAACAAUAACAACAUCUAGUAAAACUACUAAUGUUUUAUUAGAAAGUAGUUUAACACCAAUGGAUUGGUUAGCUACAAUACAAAUAGGUGAAAAUCCAUUACCAUCAUCAACAACAGCCGUUAAAGAAUCAUUAUUAAAUCAAUCAGUAUCACUGCCGAUAACUUUAUCAAAAACAAAUAUUCAACAAAAAUUAGAACCACAUGAAAUUGAGUUGCCAACAUCAACUAAUCAUUUAAAACCUCCAUACAGUUAUGUAUCAUUAAUUCGACAAGCUAUAUCAAGUGCUAUUAUGCAGAGAAUGACUUUAAAUGAAAUUUAUCAAUGGAUUGUUGAUUCAUAUCCAUAUUUUCGUACAGCGCCAUCAAAAUGGAAGAAUUCAAUUCGACAUAAUUUAUCAUUGAACAAAUGUUUUAAAAGACUUCAAAGAAGUACAAAUGAUCCGGGCAAGGGUUCUUAUUGGGCAAUUGAUGAAUCAAAUAAAUUUAAUCAUCAAUCAAAUUUUCGUAAACAACGAUUUAAAUCACAACAAUCUCUUUCCAUAUUAUCACCAUCACCGACUAAUAUAAAUCAAAAAUCAACUGUUUUUCCUACAAAUGAUAAUCUAAUAAUAUUUGGUGAUGGUAUUAAUAUUGGUGGACAAUCCUUAUCAACUGAUGAAUCGGAUUCGACUAUGUCACUUGCACCAAAUUCUACAUUAAUACGAUGGAAUGUCUUAAAUCCUGAUUUAUCUGCUUCACUUCGUCGAAUUUGUGAGCCAAUUUUAGGUGGUCCAUCGAUGACAUCGAUCACAGAUUGUGAUCCAUCAUCAACAAAUCCUGCUUUUCCGAAUUCUUGGAGUUAUGAUCUUUUUCCUCAUGGAGAAACAAAUAGCUUUUUGGAAAGCAUCAAAUUGGUAUCGAAUGAUGAAAUCGAUUGGAAGGAUAUUGAUGUUAAACCUUAUUAUGAUGAAUCCAUCACAGCAAAUCGAUUACCAAUUAUGUCAAAUGGAACAAUAUCAGAAGCAGCUAAUAAUUUGAUGGCUCUUCCACUUAUAAUCGGAGAUGAAACUUUUGAUUGGGAUUCGAUUACACAAUGUAUAUAG